UUUCCCCCCUUUUUGUCGGCGGGCAAGAAAGCAGGCGAGCGCUCCAGCGGCGUCUCUCCGGCCAUGAAGCCGCCGCGGUGGCUGGCGCUGCUCCUCUCCUGGCUGCUGCCCUCCUUGGCCGGGGCCUACUUCCCGGAGGAGCGAUGGAUGCCGGAGUCUCCGCCGCGGGCCCCCCGCGUCCUGGUGGCGCUGCUGGCCCGCAACGCGGCCCACUCCCUGCCCGCCGCCCUGGGGUGCCUCGAGAGGCUGCGGCACCCCAAGGACCGCAUCGCCCUCUGGGUGGCAACCGAUCACAACGUGGACAACACAACGGCUGUACUUCGGGAAUGGCUAACAAAUGUUCAGAGCAUGUAUCACUCUGUGGAGUGGCGGCCCAUGGAACUCCCCAGGUCCUAUCAAGAUGAGGAAGGCCCCAAGCACUGGUCCAACUUCCGUUACGAACAUGUCAUGAAGCUUCGUCAAGCGGCUUUGCAGGCAGCCAGGAAAAUCUGGGCUGACUACAUCUUGUUUUUGGAUUCGGACAAUCUGCUGACCAACCCUGACACCUUGAGCCUUUUGAUAGCUGAGAACAAGACUGUGGUGGCCCCUAUGCUGGACUCCCGGGCGGCCUAUUCCAACUUCUGGUGUGGGAUGACCUCACAGGGCUAUUACAAGCGCACGCCUGCCUACAUCCCUAUCAGGAAACGUGACCGCAAGGGCUGCUUUGCUGUUCCCAUGGUGCACUCCACCUUCCUCAUCAACCUGCAGAAAGAGGCCAGCCAGAACCUCGUCUUCUACCCACCCCAUUCAGAUUACACUUGGGCAUUUGACGACAUCAUUGUCUUUGCCUUUGCCUGCAGGCAGGCUGAGGUCCAGAUGUAUGUGUGCAACAAAGAGGUGUAUGGCUUCCUACCUGUGCCUCUGCGAUCCCACAGCACCCUGCGUGACGAAGUGGAGAGCUUCAUGCAUGUGCAGCUGGAGGUCAUGGUUAAGUACCCACCAGUGGAACCUUCUAAGUAUGUCUCUGUGCCUCCAAAAGUCCCAGAGAAGAUGGGCUUUGAUGAGGUCUUCAUGAUCAACCUGAAGCGACGGACAGACCGCCGAGAGCGGAUGCUGCAAACCUUGUACGAGCAGGAGAUUGACUGCAAAAUCAUAGAAGCCGUGGACGGGAAAGCAAUGAACAGCAGCCAGGUAGAUGCCAUGGGCAUCAAGAUGUUGCCAGGUUACAAGGAUCCAUACCAUGGGCGCCCACUCACCAAAGGGGAAUUGGGUUGUUUCCUCAGCCAUUAUAAAGUUUGGCAAGAGAUUGUUGAGAGAGGCCUGGAGAAGUCAGUGGUGUUUGAGGACGACCUGCGUUUUGAAAUCUUCUUUAAACGGCGCAUCAUGAACCUCAUGUAUGACUUGGAAGAGGAAGGCCUGGACUGGGACUUGAUCUAUAUUGGUCGGAAACGCAUGCAGGUGGAGCACUCCGAGAAAGCCGUGCCUCAUGUUCGCAACCUCGUGGAAGCCGAUUACUCCUACUGGACGCUGGGCUACAUCAUCUCCCUCCAAGGUGCCAAGAAGCUACUGGAUGCCCAGCCCCUCUCCAAGAUGUUGCCUGUGGAUGAGUUCCUCCCGGUCAUGUUUGACAAGCACCCUGUCUCGGACUACAUGGAGCACUUUGAGAAUCGGAACCUGCUGGCCUUCUCCGUUGAGCCCUUGCUGGUCUACCCAACCCAUUACACAGGCGACGACGGUUACAUCAGUGACACAGAGACCUCUGUGGUGUGGGACAAUGAGAACAUCAAAACCGACUGGGACCGGGCGAAGUCCCAGAAGAUGAAGGAACAGCAGGAGCUGAGCAGUGAGGCCAGGAACACUGAUGUGCUCCAGUCCCCUCUCGACAGUGCAGCCCGCGACGAGCUAUGACCCUGCGGAGGAAGCCGGGGUGGGGAAGGGGAGAGGCUGUAGGAAAGAGGGCAUUGGAUGUGAGCAUGGUGGGAGGAGAAGACCUCUCCCUUCCUCAAGGUUUUGAGGGUGUGGGUUUUCUCCAAUACCUUGUGGCAAGACAUAAAGUAAACACUCUCAGCAGCAUGGGGAACUCAGUAUGGAAACAGUUCAGUUUGCUUGUCCUCCCAUCACCCCUGCCCCUCUUUUUUAGAAAAAAAUGUUGCAGGUGUUAACAUCCGUGUUUAUGUAAGAGAAGUUUUAUUCUCUGAACAAUCGGUACCAUACAAGGAUCCAUUUAUCUGCUAAGAGGAGGGGAUGGCAGCGGUUAGUCCUUGAGAAGAGAGUCUGAGACACAGCCCAGGCAGACAGAUCCCGGUGUCAGAAUACUCUGUGUCAGACAAAAAAAAAAUACCUUGAUGUACGAUUGAGACCUGUUUGGUUAUUUUUAUAUAAAUUUUCUACAAGUGAA